GCCAGUGCGGUGUUUACCCAGCAGCCCACAGACCUGGUGGUGGUGGCGGGUCAGCCAGUGACCCUGCCCUGCUCCAUCCCUGGGUACCACGGCAUGGUGCUCUGGCUCCGAGACGGCAUGGCCCUGGGAGUCAACAGGGACCUCUCAGGUAGGAAUUCUUCUUAUUCUGGUAUAACUUUACUUAGAAUGGUGAUAAUGUAGCAUUCAUGAAGCUUUCGGAAACCCUUUAUAUCUAUAUCUCUUGCACUGGCUCUAUGCACACUCACUGGACUCUACCCACACACUCAUACAUACUACACUGACACUCCAACACACACACACAUACACACACACACACACACACACACACACACACACACACAUGCAUAUUGACGCCACACACACACACACACACACACACUCACACAUAGACACACUUUCACACUCUUUCACACUCUUCACAUACGCUGCUGCUACUCUGUUUAUUAUCUAUUCUGGUACUUAAGUAAAAACACUUGAAAGUACUACUUAAGUAGUUUUCUGGGGUAUCUGUAUUUUAUUUUACUAUUUAUAUUUUUCACUACUUUUACAUCACUACAUUCAAAUCAAAUCAAAUCAAAUUUUAUUGGUCACAUAACUUCCUAAAGAAAACGAUGUACUUUUUACUCCAUUCUUGUUCCCUGACACCCAAAAGUACUUGUUACAUUUUCAAUGCUUAGCAGGACAGGAAAAUUGACUAAUUCACACACUUAUCAAGAGAACAUCCCUGGUCAUCCCUACUGCCUCUGAUCUGUUUUUUCAAAAUGAUUGACGAGAAAAGUAUCGUCCAAGCCAUCUCACUGCAUAUUUAUAUAUGUGUUGAAAAAUGCAGACAGACGGAUUAGAAGUUAAUUUGCAUUGUAAUACUUCUGACAGCCUCUAUUUCUAACUCCACCCAUAACUUUUGGACUUUAUAACAUUCCCAGAAGGCAUGGAUUAUUAUAACCUAAUGAAAAAUGAACCUGUAAGCAAUUCAUUUUUUUGUUGACCAAAUUUGACACUCUCAUUGACCUCCAUACCAAAACUCCUUGCUUGGUGGGUGAAACAACGAAAUAACACCACCUGCUGGAGGGAGACACAUGUUCCGCCGAGUUGGGCCUCUCUCUUCCGCUUCCUCUCUGCACAUACAAAUAAAUAAAAACAUUUAUUUGACCUUUUUGUUCACUAUUUAGUGAUGGAUAUUGUACGUUUGCACAUAAAAAAUAAGAAAAUAAGAAAUAUAAGAAGCCAGGAAGUGACAUCACACUGUCCUCUCACCUCUCUUUUGUUGUCAUGUUUUUAAAGGUUUAUAAUGUGCAAAGUGCAAUGUAAGUCUAAAAAAUUAUUGAAAAAGAUCCAUGCGCGCUCUCUUCAUCAAAAAGGUAGCUGUCACUCGUCACAUCAGGACAAAUGUCAGAGCGAUGCAACGGAGCAAUGGAGUAUUUAAUUAGAGUUUGAUCAUUAAUUCAAAGAGCCACUUCACGUGGCACAGGAGUCACAAACACUGAUUGUGUAAUUGCUGUUUUUCCAAACUCUCACAAGUGUUUCAAAUGUAUUUCAUGGUGCGGCUUAAUCAGAACCCUCUUCUGAAUUAUUAAGCAAAGACAAAUUAGGGGGUUUACAUGAUUUUUGCAGACAUUGGAGAUUGGGCCCAAUCACAAACGUAAAAUUGUCAUAAGUGCAAGUGAUAUGGUAAAUGGCCAAUAUUACACGAGUUUCAUCUGUAGGAUCCACACUCAAAAUGUAUUCUCAAAGUUAUUUUAUGCUAUUUUAUUCAUUUAGAGGCAACGAGCAAAAACAAAUGGUUCGGCUGUUAUGCCAUUUUCAAUGUGUGUCGAUUACUGCUUGAGUACCAUCACGUUACUACCAUAAUUAUUUUCUUUGUUGUUUCCACAAUUCUCCUACUCCUCUGCAUUAGCCAUCUUACGACACUGCAGUUGUCGAGUGAGAGGUAUUUGAAAAUUAACACUACAGCCAGAAAAGCAGUUUCUUAAUCUCCCAGAAUAUAGUAAGCUCAACUAACCCUACACACCGGCACUCCAAACUGCAUCUGGGUUAAAGAAAAUCAAAAUUUGAAAGUUGCAGCAAUUUAUGGCAGCAUCUGCUGCUCCGCCAGAUGGUUAAAUUGCGUUUUGCUCAUUUCCAAAGCGUCAGUGUCUGCUGCCCCAAUCUUUCCUCGGGCUGUUUUGAAGACUGUACCGUCGCUCUGAUGGCUGCCAGAGGAAAUUAUUUCCCACAAUCAGUGUUGUAUGGCGUGUUGUUUGGAUAGGUAGAGUCAAAUACUGGAUAAAUCAGCAUCAAUAACCCACCUUACAAACUAUUUUACCCAAUCAAUGUCUUUGAGGAGACGUGGCACACGGCACACUUGACUGGAUAAACAAUUUGAAUAAAAUGUUGAAUAACAUCAUUAGAGAGUACAGAAAAUGUACCUGGGGUUACAAUAUGGCAAUGGACUACAGUUUGCGUACCAUGCCAUGUCAUCAGAUUUGUUUUCUUCUUCUACAAAUCUUGCCAUGCCAAUCUGUUACAUUGUCUUCCCCUGAAGACAUUGUCUGCUUUUGCCUCAGUCCCCUGUUUUAUUUCGUCAUGGACGGCGUUUCCAUAAUUGGGCCUGGGAGAACAAUCCUUUCCCAUUAUGUCCAAACAAUCCCACUUCAGGUCCUUUUAGUAGCAUCCUGGGACCCAUCACCUGUGUCACUGAAGUGCACUGUAAUGACCGGGUCCCAGGGGCCUCCCGGUGCUUAACCAAAAAUCACUAUCAGCUCAGAGAAGAGAAAGAGAGAGCUAGAGAGAGAGAGAGAGAGAGAGAGAGAGAGAGAGAGAGAGAGAGAGAGAGAGAGAGAGAGAGAAAAGAGAGAACAGCUGUCUGUCUGUGUGUGUGUGCCUGCCAUGGGGAUAAAUGCCACUUCUUUAUGGCGGAUCAAUGAUAGGGGGGUCUAGUGUGAACUGGAAAGGCUCUCUCCCAGCCGUGUGAACUGUGGAAAGUGUUUGCUUUUAGAGACGACAGGGAAAUUAGACCUCUUAGUCAACACAACAGCUAUGAGAAGGAGGCAGCAAGGCUACAUACUGACACCGCACUAUUGUCCUAUUGGCUAUCAUAACUAUCAUCAGGAGCUAAAAGAAUGGCUUGAACACUAAAGGAUAAUGGCACUUAAAGCUAAACAUAAUUAGUAGGACAGAUUAUGGCCAUGAAGAGGUGUGGUAAAUCAAAGGCCAAAGUCAAUGAGGGAAAAUUUGAUUGUUAAAUGAUAAUGCAGAGCAAUGAAACAGUUUUCGAAAAAAGCUGCGGGAGGGAUUUGACUGUCAAUGGCAUCGACAGCACCCUAGCCUCUUGCUUGCUCUCCCCGUGUGAAUUGGACUCUUCCUUUUUCUACUUUUUUAAUUGGAGCAAGGGAGUGCUUGCUUUGCAUGUGGCCUUCACCUUCUCUCCUGUGUUCCCUUUGAUCUGGCCCUACUCAGGGUGUGUCCUAAAUAGCACCCUAUUUCCUUUAUAGUGCACUACGUUUGACCAGGGCCAAUAGGGCUCUGGUCAAAACGAAUUCACUAUUUAGGGAAUAGGGUGCCAUUUGGGACGCAGUCAGACAGUGGUCAUUUCCGUUUCCUCCCAUUGAUGUGUCAGUUAGGUGCCCGCUCUCCUCCAUACUGAAAUACAUCAUUGUCCGCCCGAACCCUCUCCUCUCAAAGCCCCGGCAUUGAUCUAAGUCGAGACUGACUAAUCUUAAUGGAUCCAUCGCCUUUAUAGAGGUUAUACCUGGGGCUAUUAUACAUUGUUUGCCUUAAUUCACAUGCUUUUGUCGUCAGCUAUUCAUUCCCACUUUGCUUGGGGUCGUUUUGUCUGACACUUGAUCUCAGGUCUUAAUGGUUUUCCGGGAUUGAAUUUAUUCUGUGUCUCCACUCUCUCUCUCCAACACCACGAGGGGAAAAAUUGGUUUCCUCAGGGAUCUUAUGUACAGUAUAUUAGUAUUCACAGAAGAAUCAAAUCCCCUCACAGAAAUAUAAAUGACUACAAAGUCACAUCAAAUCAAAGGUUAUUUGUCGCGUACACAGAUCAGAAGAUGUUAAAGCAGGUGCAGCAAAAUGCUUUUGUUCCUAGCUCCAGCAGUUCAGUAAAUGUCUAACAGUACAAUACUAAUACACGAAUAAUCCCAAGGAAAAAAGAAAAGGACAAAAAGAAGAAGAAACAAGAGAUUAAGAAAUAUCAGAACGAGUCCAGUUUAUAAAUACGUGGUGUGUAAAGACAGUGUGGACAAUAUACAUGUAUAAGUAGGAAAAAGGUAUGUACAGCAGUAGUUAUUUAGGAUGAGCUAUAUAUACAUUAUACUGUAUAUACAAAAGUAUGUGGACACCCCUUCAAAUUUGUGGAUUUGGGUAUUUCAGCCACACCCGUUGCUGACAGGUGUAUAAAAUCGAACACACAACCAUGCAAUCUCCAUAGCCAAACAUUGGCAGUAGAAUGGUCUUACUGAAGAGCUCAGUGACUUUCAACGUGGCACUGUCAUAGGAUGCCAACUUUCCAACAAGUCAGUUCAUCAAAUUUAUGCCCUGCUAGAGCUGCCCCGGUCAACUGUAAGUGCUGUUAUUGUGAAGUGGAAACGUCUAGGAGCAGCAAUGGCUCAGCCGUAGGCCACACAAGCUCACAGAACGAGACCGCCGAGUGCUGAAGCGCAUAGUGCAUAAACAUUUCUGUCCUCGGUUGCAACACUCACUACAGAGUUCCAAACUGCCUCUGGAAGCAAAGUCAGCACAAGAACUGUUCGUCGGGAGCUUCAUGAAAUGGGUUUCCAUGGCCGAGCAGCCGCACACAAGCCUAAGAUCACCAUGCGCAAUGCCAAGCAUCGGCUGGAGUGGUGUAAAGCUCGCCGCCAUUGGACUCUGGAGCAGUGGAAACGCGUUCUCUGGAGUGAUGAAUUACGCCUCACCUUCUGGCAGUCCGACGGACGAAUCUGGUUUGGCGGAUACCAGGAGAACGCUACCUGCCCCAGUUUGAGGAAGGCCCUUUCCUGUUUCAGGAUGACAAUGCCCCCGUGCACAAAGCGAAGUCCAUACAUAAAUAGUUUGUUGAGAUUGGUGUGGAAGAACCUGACUGGCCUACACAGAGCCCUGACCUCAACCCCAUUGAACACCUUUGGGAUGAAUUCUAGCGCCGACUGCGAGCCACCCCUAAUCGCCCAACCUCACUAAUGCUCUUGUGGCUGAAUGGAAGCAAGUCCCUGCAACAAUGUUCCAACAACUAGUGGAAAGCCUUCCCAGAAGAGUGGAGGCUGUUAUAGCAGCAAAGGGGGGACCAACUCCAUAUUAAUGCCAAUGAUUUUGGAAUGAGAUGUUGGAAGAGCAGGUGUCCACAUACUUUUGGUCAUGUACUGUAUAUAUAUUAUAUAUAUACUGUAUAUAUAGGAUGAGGGGAUGAGGUAGGGUUUAGAAAGGUUUUGUACCUUAAUGUAAAGUGUAACCCACAUGCUUCGUGAGAGGGUCAAGUAAAAUGACCGUUUCUUGCAUUUAAUCAAUUUCCUAUGAGGAAAAACUUCUUCAAAAUGUGGUUUAAUGUUGUUAUGCAUCUUAUUAACAGAGGUUGGCACAAUGUUCAAGUCCCCUUAGUGAAUGUAUUGAGAAUGACCAACCAGCAUUAACCUACAAAAUCAUUAAUGCCAUUAACCAUGAAAUAGGCAAUGAUAUACUAAUUCUCUGGUCAAAUGCAAGACAUAUAGUACAUGAAUGCAUAAGUCUAUGUGUAUACAGUAAGCCUACUAGGGCCUAUACGUAGGCGUCUGGCAUAUUAUGCUGUUUGUAUCAGCAGUGGUGUGGGAGUUAGUCUCUCCUAGUCAGCUCACUUAAGACUCCCCUACACUAUGGCUCAGUACUUAAGUCUCCCCUACACUAUGGCUCAGUAAAAUGCUUCUAUGAUGAUUUAGGUUUGUCAUUGAUCCCUUGGCAGUAGAAUAAACAGCAGUAUUUUUGAGAAAAUCAAUGGCCAUUAAUGUUAUUUACUUUGCCCAUUCGGGUUGAACGCUGCUCCCCCCCCCCCCCCCCCCCUCCCCCCACCUGCCCAGUUCAGUCUCCUGACCUCUUAAAGCCUCUCAGUAUACUCCUCCCUCCUUCCCUUCAUUCACCAGACCGUGAAUUUGUUUCCCUCCUCAGUCAAAACCUAGCCAUGUAUCAGUCCUGGAAAAUAAAAUCUUGCAGCUUGACUUUCAAAGGUGUUGUUUUUGUUGUGUUUUCUGAGAGAGCUUUCUACAUUUUCUUUCUAUACCUGCUGAUGUUUUACCUCUCUGUUGUUUCUGUUCUUCAUCCAUCAGCCCUCCUUUGACAGCUCAAAUGAGCCUUGUCAGUUUUGUGGAUUUGUUCUUUCGAAACGGAAACUCCUGUUUGCGGUUCAAUCGUUUGAAUCCAUCACCUGAGUAUCAACACACAGAAUUCCCAUAUAAAUAAAUAAUAAUUGCAGUUAGUGUAUCACCUCUAACAUUGUGUUAUUUUUGUUAUGUAACACGGCCAUACAUAACAAUAGGAAUCCCCACAACAUCAUAAAUAUAGACUACAGACUCAUUACAGGCUAAAAGAGGCCAUAUGCUAUUUACUUUGCCCAUUUGGGUUGAACGCUGCUCACCACUGGUCAAUAAAGAAGUGGUCAGAUGACACAGAUGCUAAGCUACAGGACUGUUUUGCUAGCACAGACUGGAAUAUGUUCUGGGAUUCUUCCAAUGGCAUUGAGGAGUACACCACAUCAGUCACUGGCUUCAUCAAUAAGUGCAUCGAUGACCUCAUACCCACAGCGACCGUAGGUACAUACCCCAACCAGAAGCCAUGGAUUACAGGCAACAUCCGCACUGAGCUGAAGGGUAGAGCUGCCACUUUCAAGGAGCGGGACUCUAACCCGGACGCUUAUAAGAUAUCCCGCUAUGCCCUCAGACGAACCAUCAAACAGGCAAAGUGUCAAUACAAGACUAAGAUUGAAUCGUACUACACCGGCUCCGACGCUCGUCGGAUGUGGCAGGGCUUGCAAACUAUUACAGACUACAAAGGGAAGCACGCGAGCUGCCCAGUGACACAAGCCUACCAGAUGAGCUAAAUUACUUCUAUGCUCGCUUCGAGGCAAGCAACACUGAAGCAUGCAUGAGAGCAUCAGCUGUUCCGGAUGACUGUGUGAUCACGCUCUCCGUAGCCGAUGUGAGUAAGACCUUUAAACAGGUCAACAUUCACAAGGCCGCAGGGCCAGACGGAUUACCAGGACGUGUACUCCGACCAUGCGCUGACCAACUGGCAAGUUUAUUCACUGAUAUUUUCAACAUGUGCCUGACUGAGUCUGUAAUACCAACAUGUUUCAAGCAGACCACCAUAGUCCCUGUGCCCAAGAACACUAAGGUAACCUGCCUAAAUUACACUCAUGUCUGUAGCCAUGAAGUGCUUUGAAAGGCUGGUCAUGGCUCACAUCAACACCAUUAUCCCAGAUACCCUAGACCCACUCCAAUUUGCAUACCGCCCCAACAGAUCCACAGAUGAUGCAAUCUCUAUUGCACUCCACACUGCCCUUUCCCACCUGUACAAAAGGAACACCUAUGUGAGAAUGCUAUUCAUUGACUACAGCUCAGCGUUCAACACCAUAGUGCCCUCAUAGCUCAUCACUAAGCUAAGGACCCUGGGACUAAACACCUCCUUCUGCAACUGGAUCCUGGACUUCCUGACGGGCCGCCCCCAGGUGGUAAGGGUAGGUAACAACACAUCUGCCAUGCUGAUACUCAACACGGGGGCCCCUCAGGGGUGCGAGCUCAGUCCCCUCCUGUACUCCCUGUUCACCCAUGACUGCAUGGCCAGGCACGACUCCAACACCAUCAUUAAGUUUGCCAACGACACAACAGUGUUAGGCCUGAUCACCGACAACGAUGAGAAAGCCUAUAGGGAGGAGGUCAGAGACCUGGCUGUGUGGUGCCAGGAUAACAACCUCUCCUUCAACGUGAUCAAGACAAAGGAGAUGAUUGUGCACUACAGGAAAAAGAGGACCGAGCACGCCCCCAUUCUCAUCGACAGGGCUGUAGUGGAGCAGGUUGAGAGCUUCAAGUUCAUUGGUGUCCACAUCACCAACAAACUAUCAUGGUCCAAACACACCAAGAAAGUCGUGAAGAAGGCACCACAAGGCCUAUUCCCCCUCAGGAGACUGAAAAGAUUUGGCAUGGGUCCUCAGAUCCUCAAAAAGUUCUACAGGUGCACCAUCGAGAGCAUCCUGACUGGUUGCAUCACUGCCUGGUAUGGCAACUGCUCGGCCUCCGACCGCAAGGCACUACAGAGGGUAGUGUGUACGGCCCAGUACAUCACUGGGGCCAAGCUUCCUGCCAUCCAGGACCUUUAUACUAGUCGGUGUCAGAGGAAGGCCCUAAAAAUUGUCAAAGACUCCAGCCACCCUAGUCAUUGACUGUUCUCUCUGCUACCACAUGGCAAGCGGUACCGGAGCGCCAAGUUUAGGUCCAACAGGCUUCUUAACAGCUUCUACCCUCAAGCCAUAAGACUCCUGAACAGCUAAUCAAAUGGCUACCCGGACUAUUUGCAUUUCCCCCCCCUCUUUUACGCUGCUGCUAUUCUCUGUUUAUUAUCUAUGCAUAGUCACUUUAACUCUACCUACAUGUACAUAUUAGCUCAAAUACCUCUACUAACCUGUGCCCCCGCACGUUGACUCUGUACCGGUACCCCCUGUAUAUAGCCUCGCUACUGUUAUUUUACUGCUGCUCUAUUUUUUGUUAUCUAUUUUUACUUAACACUUAUUUUUCUUAAAACUGCAUUAAUGAUUAAGGGCUUGUAUGUAAGCCUUUCACUGUAAGGUCUACACCUGUUGUAUUCGGCGCAUGUGACGAAUACAAUUUGAUUAGAACUUUUAAUUUUGAUAUUGUUUUCAAUUCAGUGGAUCUGAUACAAAAUGUUUGUGUUCUAAAAACAAUAUCCGAUCUGUUUAGGGUGAUAUUAUUUCCUAAUAAAAUGGUCUAUUAGAUAUUAAAUUUCGCUCAUUUGUUUUUCAACUGUGUUAUAGUAGCUAUUUCGGCAGGCACUGGACUCGACACAAUUGGCAAUGGGAGAAUUGAAUCCCCUCGACUGCUGACAGCUGCUCAAUUUAUGUGCGGGAGGCCAGAUACAUUUUUUUAUUUGAGAAAGGAAAAAAAAGAAAGUCCACUGUUCUUCUCUCCUCCUCCAAGGCUAACUGUAUAUGGGCAGAGAAAGUAAUUAGCUACUGUACGUGCAUCUUUUACCACGCUAAACAUGUAUAAUCUUAUAAGGAGUGGAAAGCAACAAUAGUGUGUGUUUGUGUGUGCGUGUGUGCGUGCGCGUGUUUAUGUUCUCCAUUAUAAUUCUGCGUGUUCUCAUGAAAGGAAUAACAAUCUCACAUCUGAAAAAACAAUUGUUGCUUUAAUUGUGUUUCUUUAAACUAGAGGGCAUUGCAAUCCAUAGCCCUGUAUAAUUGGAAAACCUAGCGUGUGGACAUACAUAAUGAAGGGGUCUUUGUGUGUGUGUGUGUGUGUGUGUGUGUGUGUGUGCGGGAGUAACAAUGUGUGUUCUUGUGUUCCAGGCUACCCACGCUAUGACAUCGUGGGAGACCACAGCAAGGGUGAAUACCACCUCUUGAUUCAGAGAACCGAAAUGCAGGAUGACGCCUUCUUCGAAUGCCAGGCCAUCCAGGCAGCUAUCAGAACACGCCCCGCCCGACUAACUGUGCUC